AUGGCCAACACCUCCUCCCGGCAACUGCGACGCAGCGCACGAUACGCAUCCAACGGCGCCGUGUACUUGGAAACGGCGCUGCCGAACAUUGUGCUCUCCGACUUUUUCGCGUACGACCUCCAACACUACACGACCCACGCGCAAAACUACAAGCGCGUCGGCCUCGUCAAGGCGUUAGCAAUUCAAAAUGCAUUUGGCAUGUCGUUUCCCAUGACGAUCCAGUCCAGCCAAGGGCUGUUUCAAUUUGUCGUCGCAAACCACAUACAAACUGUGCUGGGUGGGGGCUCGCCAAUGACCUAG